AUGUUGUUGUUGGCGUCUCUCUGUGUUGCAUCUCUGGUCAGUGUUCAAGCCCUGGACAACGGUCUGGCCCUUACCCCGCCCAUGGGAUGGUUAAACUGGGAAAGGUUCCGUUGCAAUAUAGACUGUGAGAACUUCCCUAAUGACUGUAUCAGAGAAGAGUUAUUCAUGCAGAUGGCUGACAUCAUAGCUUCUGAGGGUUACAAGGAUGCAGGAUACGAGUACGUGAACAUCGACGACUGCUGGCUCGCCGAAGAGAGGGAUGCUAACGGCAGGUUACAGCCUGACCCCGACCGCUUCCCCAGCGGAAUCCCUGCUCUAGCCAAAUACAUCCACGGAAAGGGUUUGAAGAUAGGGAUAUAUCAGGACUUUGGGGUCAAGACCUGCGGUGGCUACCCGGGCAGCGAGUUCUAUAUGCCAGUGGACGCUCAGACAUUCGCAGACUGGCAGAUCGACUACGUCAAAUUUGACGGAUGUAAUUCGGACGUCAGGGAUUUUGACGAAGGCUACACAGUGAUGAGUCGCUUCCUAAACUUGACCGGAAGACCGAUGGUGUUUUCAUGUGAAUGGCCAGACUACCAGACCAGACAGGGUAUUGAGCCAAACUACACUGCCAUCCGAAGCGCCUGCAAUCUGUGGCGUAACCAUGACGACAUACAGGACUCCUGGCAGAGCCUUCUGGGUAUUAUCAACUUUUACGGAGAAGAUACUUACAAUUUUAGCAGUUAUGCCGGACCAGGAGGAUGGAAUGAUCCUGAUAUGGUAAUUGUGGGUGACUUUGGCCUGAGCUAUGAUCAGCAGCGCGUGCAGAUGGCCAUGUGGGCCAUCAUGGCCUCUCCCAUGCUCAUGUCUGUGGAUCUACGUCACAUCCGGCCCGAAUCCAAAGCUCUGCUACAGAACAGAAACGUUCUGAGCAUCAACCAGGAUCCGAUGGGCAUUCAAGGAAAACGGAUCAUGGAGAUCAAUCCUGUCCAAAUUUGGACGCGUCCGAUUUCGCCGAAAGGAACCUUCGCCGUUGCCUUCCUAAACCCAUCUGAGGGUGGGAUGCCAUCGACUUUAUCGGUGGUCGUGGAUGACUUGGGUUUGACGAACGGAAGCGGUUACAACGUGACAGAGACCUUUGAUGGUGUCAGUAUGGGAACUGUCAAACCAGGACAGAAUAUUACUAUCUCUGUUAAUCCGGAAGGAGUGUAUCUUUUUACAGCCACUCCGUUAUAAAGCUAAACCUCCUUGUUUGCCAAGACUAGUGUCUAUUGGUCCA